AUGACAAGUGACACGGAUGCAGUCUUGUUGAAAGGGAUAGAGGACAUGAAUAGGCAACCAAUCACUAAGGGUUUACUAUUUUAUGUUGCAAAUCAAGCAUUGUCGGCAAUCCCACAAUGUCAAGUGGCACUGGAUGAUGACAAUGCCGCUGAAAAAUCUAAGUUUUACAAAAUAUAUGAUGAAUUACCAAGCUUACCAGACUUUGUUGAUCUGGUUGUGAAGCGAGCUAAGACGACUCCCGGCACUCUGCUUGGAACUUUGGUGCUCUUGGAUAACACAUCUAAAAUGCUACCUUCAACAGCAAGAGGAAGGCCUUGUAGCCCAUAUAGGGUGUUUUUGGCAAGCUUAAUUUUGGCUUCAAAAACCUUGAACGAUGUAUGCCCAAAGAAUUUAUCUUGGGCUAGAUAUGCUAGAUAUUUUUGUCUAACGGAUAUCAAUCUUAUGGAAAAACAGCUCCUAAUUUUACUGCAAUAUAGAACCCUUAUGAAAUUGAAUGAUAUCAUCCGGGUUUAUAAUGGAUUCUUAUUGUUUGAUAUGAAUCAGAUGCUCCAGCAAGUAGAAUAUUCAGUUAACAUAACAACAUCUUCAUAUUACAAAACUUGCCAGCAGCAAGCUUUUAUCACCCAAGCCACAGACCAACGGGAUACAAUGCUUUCUGAUAAUCAUAUAGCCAGCUAUGUGGUUGUGUACCCAGAUACUACAAAAAACGAAUCAAUUGAAACAAUCUCUGAAGCUACGUCGUCAUCAAGUUCUAUAUCAUCUAAUUUGCGCUUUACUUAUUCCGCAGAAGCACUAGUCAAUAACACACUAGAAUAUGAAUCUGCCUUUCCAGCACGUACAGAAUAAAACUUUAGCUACAAAAUAAUAGUAAAUAAUAGGUAUACCAAAUUAAUUCUGGAU